CGCGAACAGCUGGAGCAAUUUUGCAUCGAUUCUGUUUAUAUUCCGUGGAAAAUGUUGAAUCUCCACAGAAAACUGAUGCAAAAUGUAAAGCGGACUUAAUGGCCGACACAACAUGAUUCCCUGGAUGCGCGAAAAGUUCAACGAGAAACGCGCGAAGUGGCUGGCGCGGAGUAAGCGGUCAUCCACUCCAUCGGCCGACAGUCCUGGAAGCAGUCGCGUCCACACCGCCAGCAGUGCCAGCGAUGCGGAGAGUCUCAGUUCCGCCUCGCUAAAUGUGCACACGACGGAGAUGGAGACCCAGACGGACGUUGUCGUGGCGGGCAGACCCGUUGUGGGUGGCGGCAGCUGUGUCCUGCGCACACCCUCGCCGGCACGGAGGCGUCGCAUGCACCUGGAGCUGCAACUGCAUAUGCAGAGCACUGCGGUCGCCACACAGACUGGCACUGGGAUGUCAAGUGCUGAUGGAGACCCACUAGACACACCCACUCCAACACAGCAGCAUGAAAAUGCUUUGUUCCUCAGGAAGACAUGCCAUUCCAGCCGCGUCGACUCGACAGGCUCGACGGGAGUGGACGAGGAGGACUCUCUGAAGGCGGGCGAUACCAUCGCGGUGCGCGUCAUAUGUCCCAGCUCGCGGGUACUGGUCUUCAAGACGAACGUGAACAAGCGCCUUAACGACCUGAAGAGCGAGGUCAUCCUGGAGUUGAGCGACGAUCCCGACUCCAUCCAGCUUUUUGCCCCCGAUGUGCGCCACCUGAAUCCGCGCUACCGCCUCUAUCGGGCCGAGUACUUUGGCGGGGAGCUGAACGAGGCCGAAACACUGGCCCAGCUUCAGGUGCGCCACAACGAGACCUUCAUACUCUCGGCCAGGCGCAGCACGCUCACACAGACGGUGUCGCGCAUACGGGAGGUGCCCGGGCCCAACGAGCAGUUGCUGGAGAGCGCUACGCGUUAUGUGCCUACCAACGCCAACUCGCUGCCCACCAUCGACAUUAACGAGAUCUUUCAGCAGUCGAAUAUCCAAUACGAUGUACGCAAGGUGUUGAUCUCCCUGGCGCAGGCCUCGGCUGCCGUCUUGGGGGCUGGGCCGUAUGCCCCUCGGCUGAUAGCCAUGCUGAAGCAGCGGCUGAUCAAUCGACGCAACCACCAGUCGGACACACUGCAGUGUCUCGUGGAUAUGGGAUUCAAGCGGGAGAUGGCCGCGUUUGCCCUAAAGGCCAACAGCGGCAUCUACUCGACCACCCUAGAGUGGCUGAUACAAAACCAGAACGAGGAUGUCCUGCAGGAGCCGGCCAUCAAUAUGCAGCAGAGCAUGUCCUCUAUUUCGCCCUCCGCCAUUGUCACCAAUAACGAAACCAUUGAAAACACCGCUGCGCUGAUGGAGAUUGUGCGCAUCUACAGCCACCGUGACUCGCCACCCAGCGAGGAGAUUGUCGAAUCGCUUACCGAAAUGGGCUUCGAGGAGGCUGCCGUGGUGUCGGCGCUGAAGAGGACGGGCAACAACAAGGCCUCCGCCUGCGAGUGGCUCUGCGACAAUCGUUCGGGUAGUGUGAUUGAGCUGCGCGAGGGCCUUGCUCCCGAUUCGCCCAUCCUAAAAGUUAUUCUCGAAAUGCCGCAGGUCCAGAUGACGCUCAGUAACCCGAAGACAUUUUUGGCGUUUCUGGCCAUACUGGAGAAUGAGCAUGCCAUACGCGUGUGGCGCGGCGACAACGACACCACCUCGGUCAUCACACAUAUCCUGCAAAAGUACCAUGAGGAGAAGCAUGUGCUGGGCAUCAAUCAGUUCUACACGAACCGAUGGUGAUGAUGCUGCCACCUGCUGCUGCUGCUACUGCGCCCCAAAGUGGCUUUAUAAUGAGAUUAACCAAAUUAUAUUUAUACAUACACAUACUAUAUACAUAUAUACAUAUACAUAUGUACACACACACCCAGCCGCACACCUCCGAAGCGGAUGCCUGGAGGUGGUUCCAAUUUUUGGUCCUCCAGCAUGUGUUUUGUGCGUGUGCGUGUGUCCGUAUGUGAAGAGUAUUUUUGUAGCCAAAACUAUGAAUGUAAAACCGCACAAAGCCAAAGAUGCAAUCGCUUUGCCAGAAGCACGCGACUGCACUCUAAAAACGCUUACCGAUCAGUACGAAUAACGCAUUAUAUAUAUAGUUACAUACACUAGGAACUAGAUCUAGUCAGCCACAACAGUAAGAAGGCCCGGCCCCGGCAUUCACUAUCGUCUAUCAACUAUCCUAUCUGCUAUCACUCAAUCUUCACUCAAUCGGAUCUCGCACUCUUGGGCCGUAUAUACAUAUAUAGAUCUCCGGAUAGUUGUAAGCGAGCGAAAACUGUUGGUGAUUUCUGUGCGUAUUGCAAAGCUAUUGUACAUUCGGGGGGGCUAACAACCGACAACCGACAUUGAACAUAAAGUAUUAUUUUGUAAACCAAAUAUUCUAUUAGCAUUGUUUUAACAAUAAGCAAAUAAAUCAA